AUGGAUAUUUCUCCAGGGAAAACGAAUUAUUGGGUGCCGGUGUGUGACAAUGCGAUCAAGCCAUUCGUUGGUCAAUGGUUUAGCAAGUUGGACGAUGGUGUUGAGUUCUAUAUCCGCUAUGCACGUACUGUUGGGUUUAAUGUUCGUCGUGGCUCGGAUUCAAAGAAUAGUUGUGGGGAGGUAUUGAGGAAGUAUUUAUUGUGUUCUCGAGAAGGAUUUAAGCAGCCUGCUAAGGAGUUGUGUUCGGGUGGUGACGUGGUUAAUGACCCCUCAAUAUCAAAGAAAAGGCGUCGGGUUACGAAUAGGGUUGGUUGUAAUGCGAAGAUUAUUUUCAAGCUUAAGGGGUAUGGGGGUUAUUCUGUGUUCUAUUUGGAGGAACGACACACACAUUGUUUGUACUCGGAGGCAUCCAAGCCAUUUAUGAGGAUUAAUCGCAAGUUGGAUCUUGGGCAUCAAAUAUUUGUCGCUAAUUGUGCGAAGGCAAAUAUUGGUUCUAUCAAAUCGUGGAAGCUUUACAGGAAAAUGGUUGGAGAUUAUACUGAUGUUGGGGCCACCGGUGUAGACUUUCAGAAUUUUAAGCGUGAUUUAAUGGCAUACAUUCGCGGCGGCGAUGCACAAUUGAUUGUUGAGAAGUUCCUUCAUAAAAAAGAGUUAUGGUCUUCAUUUUUCUUUGACUAUGAUGUGGAUGAGUAUGAUCAGCUUUCACGUGUGUUUUGGGCAGACCCAGUAGCACGACGGAAUUUUGCGUGCUUUGGGGAUGUGGUUUCUUUUGAUGCAACGUAUCGGACGAACAUGUAUAAGCUUGUGUUUGUGCCAUUUACCGGCAUUGAUAAUCACAAGAAAUCAGUCACGUUUGCCGCGGGGUUGAUUGCGAAGAAAGAUGUUGAGUCCUAUGUCUGGUUGCUUGAUAAUUUCAAACGAGCUAUGGGCCACGAGCCAACAUACAUUCUCACCGAUCAAGAUCCAGCCAUGCGGGUGGCUAUCCCCACAGUGUUCAAUUCUGCACGUCAUCGCUUCUGCAUGUGGCAUAUCAUGUCAAAGGUUGGUGACAAGGUGGGUUCAGUGGUUGCCAAGGAUCAGUCGUUUCGCCGUGCUCUUAAUGAUGUUGUUUGGGACUAG